AUGCACAGGUGCACCUGCAGGGGUGUUGCGCUAGCACGUAGAAGCGUAAAAGAAGGGAUCCCCCAGGUGAGUUUUCCCCGCGUGCGGAGUGGCCCACUGAGUAUUAACCCGCUGCGUGGCACCCCGGAGAAGUUAUCGUUGAGACCCAAAAUGGUGUUGGACAUCAACUUGUUCAGGAAGGAAAAAGGGGGAAACCCCGAUAAAAUUAAGGAGUCCGAAAGGAAGAGGUUCCAUGACGAGACGAACGUCGAUAAGGUAAUUGAGUAUGAUGAGAAGUGGAGGAAGUGCAUUUUCAAAUUGGAAGAAUUAAAAAAAAAUAUUAAUUUAGUGAAUAAAGAAAUAGGAAACAAAAAAAAAGAGGACAAAAAUGCAAAUGUGGAGGAUUUAAAAAAAAAAAGUUUAACAAUGAAGGAGGAAAUUCCUCAGCUGCAGAAUCUGGAAAGAGACUUACUCAAGCAGAGAAAUAAGUAUCUCAGUAAGGUAGGUAAUUUGCUUAAUAAAGACGUGGUAAUUUCGAAUGAUGAAGAUAACAACAAGGUGGUGACCACGUGGGGUGUGUGCAAAAGGUUGGAAGUGAUUACUGAUGAAUCGUCAGAAGAGAACAAAAGCGGGAAGGGCGGUUCCAAGGAUGGUGGAAGUAACAAGAGGGAGGUCCCAAGUAGCAGUUCUAUCAGUGGUGGUGUCGUCCACCCAAAUAGCAGCAUCGAGGGGAAGAAGUACUACUACCACUUUGACCUGCUGAGGAAAAUCGGAGGGGCUAAUUUCAAGAAGGGUAUCCAGGUGGCUGGCCACAGGGGUUAUUACCUUACCGGAGCAGGCUUCCUCCUACACAAUGCAAUUUUGCAGUACGCAAUAAACUUUCUAGUGAGCAAAAAUUAUACCCCUGUAUAUCCUCCCUUCUUUAUGAAAAAAAAUAUAAUGGAGGAAUGUGCAGAAUUGGAUGAUUUUGAGGAGACCCUCUACAAGAUUGCCUCAUCUGGAGGUAAUUCCACAGCUACAACAGGCACUGCAAGUGGGGCACCUGUGUCUAAGAACCUUAACCAGAACGACGAGCUAAGCAGAGACGACUUGUUCCUCAUUGCUACGUCAGAACAACCACUGUGUGCACUGCAUAAAGAUGAAACGAUUGAAUCUAAAUAUUUACCCUUGAAGUAUGCUGGCGUUUCUUCCUGUUUUAGGAAGGAAGCUGGAGCACAUGGAAAAGACAUCAGAGGCAUUUUGAGAGUUCAUCAGUUUGAUAAAAUAGAACAAUUCUGUCUCUCUCUCCCUCAAACAAGUAGCAAGGUACACAAACAAAUGAUGAAGACAUGUGAAGAGUUUUAUCAGUCACUUAACAUCCCAUACAGAAUUGUUAGUAUCGUCUCUGGUGCACUAAACAACGCCGCCGCUAUUAAGUAUGAUCUGGAAGGCUACUUCCCUUCAAGCAAUCAGUACAGGGAACUCGUGUCCUGCAGUAACUGCACAGACUACCAGAGCAACAACCUGAAUGUUAAGUACGUAGAUUCAAGUGUCAGAAUAACUGACGUAAAGGAGGACAGAAAGAAAAAGGAAAAUACUGGGGAUCAUCAGGAUGAUGAUGAUGAUGAUGAGAUUGGAAGUGAUCAUGAGGAAUUUUUGAAAAACUUUCACACGGAGAGUAGGAACAAUGUGCAUCUCCUGAACGGCACCAUGGUGGCGGCGCAAAGGUUCCUCUGUUGUCUCCUCGAAAAUUAUCAGAAUGGUGAGGGCAUCGUCGUGCCGGAGAAACUGCGCCCCUAUAUGAACAACGUUGAUUUUAUUCCCUUCAUCGAGUGA